AUGGAGCAAGGGGCUUUUGUUAGAGGAAGGUCUAUCACUGAAAAUAUUGCGAUGGCCCUGGAGGCAAUGAGAAAUCUCAACAGGAGAAUUAGCGGUGGAAAUAUCAUUCUUAAACUUGAUUUGGAAAAAGCCUAUGAUAGGCUCGAUUGGAACUUCCUUAAACAGGUUUUGCUUCGUUUUGGGUUUAGCAACAGAUGGGUAGCACUGAUGGAAUUAGCUUGUUGGGGAAACAGUUGGUUCUCGGUUCUUGUCAACGGGGAGGUGGCGGGCUUCUUCAAAUCCUCUAGAGGUCUGCACCCUAUCUCCCCUGGGUUUUUCAUCCUAGCAGCGAAUGCCUUUUCCAAAUCUUUUAAUCCGGAAUCACUGAAUGUAGUUAAGGAAUUUUUGAGAUCCUUCCAAGAAGCUUUUGGCUAUAGGAUUAACAACACUAAGAGCUGCUUUAUUUGUUCCAAGACUUUAUCAGCAGCUAGAAUCAAAAGUACUGAGCGCAUUUUGGGCUUUUCUAAAGCCAGAAUGGGUGCUCUUUACCUUGGAGUUCCUCUUUACUAG